AUGUCGGACGGUGCUGCCUCUGACUCGGGUUCGGCCACCAGUUCAGUGGAGCUUAUCAGCUCACAUUUGCAUCGCUUGCAGCUUGAUCACAACAGCUUGCAGCAUCGCUUUCUGCAGGCCAUUGCACGCAUUGAGGUCCUUGAGCAAGAGCAAGCCAGCCAGGCCUCCAGAUUGCAGUGGCUGGAGCAGCUCGUCCAGCGAGCUCGGGCUUGCUUCUCGGGAGUGCUGUUUUCCGCUGGCGGGUUGUUUCCCCAGCUUCCCAGGCAUCAGCAGGUGGCAGUUGCCACGCCGCCCGGCUCGUCGAACGGGCCAGCCACUCCACCCAAGGGUGCUGGCCAAAGUUCCAUGUCACAUGUCGGGCCCAAAGCAAAGACUCUUGGAAAGUCCUGGAAAGCCAAGAUGUCUGACAACAGGCUUGCUGCGCUUGUAAAGUGGGAAAGGAUUGUGGAAGCUCACUCCGAGCAUUUUGGCUUUGUCGCCGAAGCCCGCCGUGAGCCUGAGCUGGCUUCGUACUCCUUGCAUGAUGUCUUGAGUGAUAUUUUCUCGGUGAAAGCCAGCACCACUUUGCACACCCGGUCAGGUCCCCUGCUUAGGUUCCUUAAGUUCUGUCACGACGAAAGGCAAGCCCCUUUCCCUCUUCGCGAGAGCUUGCUUUACUACUUCCUCAAGCAGUAUGGUGCUAAGCAGGCCCCCACGUUUGCCAGCAGCUUUCUGGGGUCACUGGCGUUUUGCCACCACUUGUUGGGCCUUAAGUGCCAGGACGAGUUUUUCUCCACCAGGGUUACGGGUGCAGCCCGAGGCCUUUUCCUUGAAAAGAGAAAGCUUGUGCAGAAGCCCCCUCUUCUGGCUGCCUUCGUUCUUGCCUUGGAAAAUAUCGUUCUCGGACAGGGCGAUUUCAGCUGGGCGGACAGGUACGCUGCCGGAUGCUGCCUUUUUGCAAUCUAUGCCCGUGCGAGGUUCAGUGACAUGCAGUCUUGUGGAAACAUCUUUGAGGAUAUUGCCUACAUUGAUGGCAAGCCUCAUGGAUUCUUGCAAGCCGACAUCACCAGGACGAAAACUGCAUACACCUUGGAGAGAAAAACCAAGUACUUGGCAAUGUGCGCUCCGAUUUGGGGCUUGGCGGAGAAGCCGUGGGCAAUCGCUUGGAGGGCUAUCGCUAAGGACCACGGCCCCCCCUGCGGGGAAGACUUGCCACUGUUGCCCUCUCCUGUGGAGAGUGGGGGAUGGCAGGAGACACCUGUCAGUGUUGAGGUUGGAGCCCGCUGGCUCCGCAGCCUCCUGCAUCGCAUGGGACUCGAACCUGCUUCCGCGGUUAGGCUUCUAGGGACCCACUCGAUGAAAGCAACGGUUUUAAGCUGGGCUGCGAAGUGGGGCAUGUCUAAGGAAAUACGGAUGAUCUUGGGGUACCACAGCUCCUCUAGAUCCGAUAGCGACGUGGUCUACGGCAGAGACAACGUAGCCCCCGCGCUGCGAGAGCUAGUUUCUAUGCUUCAGUCCAUUGCCCAAGGUUCCUUCAGACCAGAUGCCACUCGAAGCGGCAUGUUCAUAUCGAUUCCAGCUCCUGCGGAGUCCGGUGAUGGAGAUGAUAUAUCUCUCUCUUCUGAAGGCAGCCAAGACGAGGAGAACAAGGACCCCGCCGCCGAGGACGAGGCCGUCGAUUCAGUCGUGGGCCUUUGGGAGCCCUCGGAAGGGGUCCGUGAGACUCUUGAAAGGGCUCCUGUCUUCAGGCAUGAGGUAACAAGGUUCCUUCACAUUGUGGCGUCUGAGGAAGGGUCUCAUUUCAAGUGCGGGAGAAAGAUCUCAGCCUCUUAUGUUCGCUGCGAGAACUUGCCGAAAGUUUUGUUUCCAGUAUGCAAGCAGUGCUGUCCCGACGUGAAAUCGGAGGGGCGAGUGAUUCAAGUUGAACAGUCCAUGCUGAGGUACUCUUGUGAAUGCUCCUUCGGAAAUGUGUCUCAAGGCGCCAACUGGGUAGACGCAUGUGGACUGCCGAAGGAAGAUGCUGCGAAGGUCAAAGCGGCGGUGGGUUCACUUCGGCAACUUGCCUUCAUAUCCAGCUUUACUCCGGGUCAAGCGGAUGAGGCCCCACUUAUGGCUGCUCUGAAGUCGAUGUUGGGCCGUGAUGCUGAAUUGGCUGUCCAAGCUAGCUUCAGGGCAUUGUACCACGAGGCUUAUGCUAUUGUUACUUCAGAGAUGCGCCAAAGGAUUGAGAAGAGUGAAGAGCCCACGGCGAGGAGGCUCACCCAGCCCGAGCGUGCCGAGAGGCAUGAGAAGCAAGUCGCGAAGCUCGUGGGUGUACUUAUCAAGGGCCCUUCGGAGCCCAGCGAAGCACUCGUCGACAAGGCCGUUUCAGCUUAUGAGCAAAAUGAGCUGAGGUACAUCUCUUGGGAGUCUUGCACCUCCCGGGAGCAAGAAGUUGCUUCGGAACGCAAGAAGGAUACUCGCUUUACGAUCGAUGAGCAUUCCGGGAAGCUUAAAGUUGAGAAUAAAGAUGCUGAGGACAAGGCCUCCGCUGCUUCGGAGGUCCAUGUGCUUCAGGCUUUGCAGAGGCGAUCACUUGCCCUGGAUCAGGCAAAUCUUGUUGAGUACACCCUGAUGCAACAGUGGUCGGACCGCCUGUUGCGAGCCAGGAUGGACGAUCCACCGCCCCAGUACAGCCGUCCGUCUUGGAGCCAGCUUGUGGCUGCAGACAAGAAGCUCUUCAGUGAGCUGAGGGAUCUGACGCGAGACGGCGUUCAGUCAUCAAGUGGAGGGGCGCGCCCGCUUGACAAGCACCUCCCUGCUGUGAUUCAGGCUGUGAUGAUGUCGUAUGAUGUGGUCUGCUUGCUACAGCACAGUCGGCCAGCGGGCGGCAAAGAGGGCAAGGGAAAGGGACGCAUGCCUGCACAGCUUAUCGCUUGGGGCUGCACGCUUGCAUGCUUGUGCCAUCCCGAAGUGCGGGCAGCACGGGCACGGGGCCUCCGCGUGCCCGAAGAGGAAGCAAGAGUGACGGUGCCAGGAAAUGAUUCGGAUGCCCAAGCCAGUCAGAGCUUGGGACCGGAACACUUCCUCGGCGGAUCAUCUUUCGAGGCGGAUGCAUGCGGGCAACCAGCUUCAAGUUCUCCUCAGCACGAUAAAUUUUCCACAAUUCUUCAACAGUGCCUGAGCUUUUUCGACAGCCUCCCGCACGAGUCAGUUGGGACCAAGACCGAAUCUCAUCGUGACCAGGUUGGGAAGGCUUUUUACAGCGGGAUGUAUUCUAAGGGUGUCGUAGGGCUGCGGACUUCGGUCCACCGGCACCCCGAGGAGGUGAAAGUUCUGACUUCGUUGAUUCGUGCCGUCGAGCCAACGAUGCUGUUCUCCAGUUUGGUCGUCGCCGAGGAUUCUCAGGUUGGUGUCCACAAAGAUGCUCAGAACGUCUGCGUCCAGAACUUGGUCAUCCCGAUGACUCGUUUUGGGGGAGGCGAACUGCUUCUAGAGGAUCCCAAGGAGCUGUUUGCCGAAACUGGCAAUAUGACUUCUGCUUUGCGGAGCUUCGGGUUCCAAGCCCUUCCCUUGGGGCGCCGUGCAAAGGGGCCUAUACACGUGACCCCGCUGGACCUCUCUCGCGCCCUGUCGUGGCAGUACGUGAAGAGGCUUGUACAAGCCGGGGAUGUGUUUGUGGUGCAUCUUUCCCCACCUGCUCGCGGCUCGUUUGCCGAUGCAGUGGCACCACUCGUCGCUGACUUCUGCUGUUGGCUCCGCUCCGAAUUUCCUUCUGUGCACUUCUCAGUUGUGUGUCCCGCCUCCGCGGCGCUUUGGAAACAGUCUGGCUUGCUGGAUCUUCAGCGGUCUUGCAUUCAGGUCUCCUUUACUGCCGCCGACUGCGGUCCCGGGUCACAUGAGAACUUUCUCUUGAUGUCUUCACUUCCCGAGCUUCGGGUUUUUGAAACUCCGGCCGAUGCCUCAAAGAUCCCCUCCGGGAGCCCGGUUCGCGCGGCUCCUGUCGCUGCGCCCUCGUUCCUGCAUACGAACCACUUUUGUACUAAAUUUGCAUCUGCCCUCGCCCUGGCCGCCGGUCAACUUGACACUGUACCGACACCAGCCCUUGUUACCAAUGCUUCAGCCCGUGCCGCCAAUCAGCUCCAGCCGCGUGUUUCAAGGGCCGUCGUGCUGGUCGAGGAAUACCAUUAUCAAGUUACCGUGCCCGUUUCCUCUCAGCUGUCUGACUUGGGAAUCGGAAAAUUGGUUUCCAUCACGUGUGGAGGCUACCGAAGCCCUCUUCAGUUUGCGGAACGAGCUUUGAAUGUUGGCCAUCCUUGUGACAUGUGCAGAGCACUGCCCGAUCAAGCUAUGGUCGUCCUGGGCCAUCUGCUCAUCGAGGGUCCUGUUAAGGUCCUCAGACGGAGAUUGGAUACGAUAACCCAGUGGAAAGCUUGGGCCGCCGAACUGGAACCGGCCGAGGCUGAACUGCACAAAUCCUUGCCCCCUUCUGUGGCCGAAGUGGAUAUGACCAGUGGCUUUAAGAUCGUGGGCGAGGAGUUCCCGAGCGGAAUUUUCCCCCUUGAGCCUCGACCAGCGACCCUCACGCCUGAGGAGUUACUGGCUCAGUCUCGGUCAACCAAGCCCUUGAUCUGGGAACAGGUCAACGAUGCUCCGCUGGAUGCGAACUCUCGCGAGCUUUUUGAAAUCACUGAGGCUGAAUACCGCGAGAAGGGAUGGCUCGAGCAACCUCGCUCUUGGGAGGAACUUGAGCUCUUGUUCGGGGAUUGGCUCCCGGCCAAAAGGUUUGGUGUACGCCAACGCGACAAGUUGCGCCCCAUCGACGACUUAGCUGCCAACGGUGCAAACAGCGCAUUUGCCGCUUGUGACAAGCUCACCUUGCGUGCCUUCGACGAGCUUGUUUGGUGUGCCACUUACAUCAUGCGGGUACUUGUGCAAAAAGGAACCGUCCACCUUGUCCUCUCCUGUGGUCGGGUGAUCUCGGGACCCCUUCACGACUUCUGGAGGAUCAAGACCGACCGUGCCCGCCCCUUGUUGAAAACUAUCGACUUGAAGGCGGCGUAUAAACAGCUACCGCUCCACCCAGAGCAUCGCAGGUUUUGUGUGGUCGCAUUGAAACAUCCGGACAGCGGCCAAGUGCGGGGCUACGCAUCAAGAGUCCUGCCCUUCGGGGCCUCGGGGAGCGUGACUUGCUUUAACAGGGUUGCACGCCUGAUCCAACGGAUUCUUCAGGAAGCCUGGAUCUUGAACUGUAACUAUUUUGAUGAUUUUCCGGUGUUGGAGUUAUCCGCCCUGUCGGGGAGCGCCGACUCCACUGCUCAUUGCAUACUUGACCUACUCGGUUUCGAGUGCUCUACCGAUAAGGAAGAGCCGUUCAAGAGCAGUGCCGACGUCUUGGGAGUCACGGUAGACCUCUCUUGUGAAGGCUUGUCCGAGGUGCGUGUGCGCAACCGGGAGGUAAAGUGCUGCGAGGUGGCGGCCUCUGUCGAUGAGGUUCUUGAUAGGGGCGCCAUCCGGUCCGCGGAAAUCGCUUCUCUCUUUGGGAGGAUUCAGUUUCUUGAAGGGCAACUCAUGGGACGCAUGGGGCGACUGGCUUUGUCUGAGCUUCGCUCCCUCGGGACUUCCGGGGGAAUCCUCAAGCUCGGGGACUCGGAACGGCAUGCCUUCCAGAAUCUUCGUGAGCGGUUGCUUCAUGGGCCGCCCCGGGCGAUCUCCGCUCGCCCACCUGGGGCGAAUGUUAUUGUGUUUACAGACGGAGCUUGCGAACCGGAGGGUGAUAGCAUGCUGUGCUCCAUCGGUGGGGUGCUGUAUGUUGAGAGCUCCGGCAAGUGGGCCACUCGAUACUUUGGCUGCCGACUGCCCGAUUCGCUCGUUAAGACUUGGAGUGCUUCUGGGAAGAAACACUUGAUAGGGCCUGUUGAAUUGUACGCAGUGACCACGGCAAGACUGUUGUGGCGAGAGUAUCUUGAUUUCGCCAAAGGCAUUUUCUUCAUCGACCACGCCGGUGUGCACGCCGCGUGCGUCAAUGGAUCGUCCCACGAUCGCCUCUGGCGGCUCAUCCUUUUGAAGCUUGAGGAAGCGGAUGCCAAACCUAUGAUCGCCUGGUAUGCCCGCGGGGUCCGACUUUUUCCCAGUUUGGGGCACAUGCUCGAGGGAUCAUCCGAGGUGCUGCAUAUCCGGCGAGCUCUUGAGUUCGUUUGGUGA